AUGUUUCGACAUUUGGUGGUGAUAGCGACACUCGUCGUACUCAACGUUUCAUAUCGAAGAUUGUUGUUGCAUAAGGUAAACUCUAAGCGAAGAGCGAUUGAUAUAAAUUUUGAUCGACUGACUCGUUCAACUGCAAGGCAACCUCUGUUUAGUGAUGGGGAUAUUGCAUACUAUGGUAAUAUUACAAUUGGAACUCCACCGCAGCCGUUUAAUGUACUUAUAGAUACUGGUUCCUCAGAUCUCUGGGUACCAUCCUAUAUCUGUACUCACAAAACAAGGCACGGCAUGUGCUUAAACCAUAAUAAAUAUGAUCACAUGAUAUCCAGUACAUAUAGACCAGAUGGUAGAUCUUUCGGAAUUCGAUACGGUAAUGGCGCUGUUGCUGGACAUUUAUCAACUGAUUUAGUGAAUGUUGCAGGCCUUGAUGUUAAAAAACAAACAUUCGGGGAAGCAACAGAGAUGUACGGAAGUUCCUUCCAAUAUGCAAAUUACGACGGAAUUUUGGGACUGAGUUAUCCAUCAUUAUCUACUAAAGGAGUGAUUCCACUUAUUACCAACAUGGUUAACCAACAGCUAGUGCAACAGCCAAUUUUUAGUUUCUAUAUUGAACAAAAUCCUAAUGCCAAAUGGGAUGGUGAACUGUUAUUUGGAGAUUCCGAUGACAGGUUAUACGAAGGCGAGUUUACGUAUGUUGAUGUUACCGAAAAGGGAUAUUGGCAAUUUACUAUGGAUAAAAUUAAAAUGGAAGAUAAGACUUUAUGCGAGGAUACCUGUCAAGCUAUUGUCGACACAGGUACUUCUCUGAUAAUUGGACCAUCAACAGACAUCACAAUUAUUAAUAACCGGAUAGGAGCUGAUCAUAAUAAUUUUACGAGAGGAAUAUUUGUGGACUGCAACAAGACUGAUAAUUUGCCCUCUAUCGAUUUCAUCAUAGCUGGUUUUAAAAAAUUCAGACUCUUUAGUAAAGAUUAUAUUCUUAAGGAAAUGCAUGACGAUGAAUUGGUAUGUAUGAGUGCCUUCGUGAGUGAUUAUCAGUAUGAGGGCGAUCCAGCGUGGACUUUGGGUGAAGCAUUUUUACGUCGGCAUUAUAUCGAGUUUGACAUGGUGCAUGACCGGAUAGGAUUCGCCUGUGUGAAGACGUCACAUAAUAGAUAUGACAAUAAAAAAUCCAGCACAUACACACCAAAUAAUAUUCCGUUCAAUAUUCCAUACACCAGGGGUAGUGUAUAUGGAUACUUAUCUACUGAUGUAGUGAAUUUUGCUGGUUUUGAUGUUCAAUAUCAAACAUUUGGAGAAGCAUUAACCAAAUCGGGAUCCAAUUUUGCCCGUUCGAAAUUCGAUGGUAUCUUAGGAAUGGGUUACCUUGAGAUAUCUUCUGAAGGGAUGACUCCCGUUUUUAUAAACAUGAUAGAACAAGGCCUGGUAGAGCUACCAGUUUUUAGUAUCUAUAUAAAUCGAAAUCCUUUGUACUCGACAAGUGGUGAAUUGAUAUUGGGUGGUUCAAAUUCCGCUCGUUAUGAAGACGAGUUUACGUAUGUUAAUGUUACCCACAAAGGAUACUGGCAAUUUACCAUAGACAAAGUUCAAAUAGGAAGUAGCAUCGUAUGCGAGAAUGGUUGUCAAGCUGUUAUCGAUACGAGCACCUCCGAUCUAAUAGGACCAUCAUGGGAUAUCGCUGUUAUUAACGAACUGAUCGGAGCUAUUGCUUUUAACGACGAAACAAUUGUGGACUGUGAUCAGAUUUCUAAUUUGCCCAAUAUUGAUUUCGUCAUAGGCGGUAAAAUAUUCAGUCUCACUAGUAAAGAUUAUAUCUUUAAGAAUAAACAAAAUGAGAUGGAGUGCAUAAGUUUCUUUCAGACAAAUUAUGUAGAAAAUCCAAUAUGGAUUUUGGGCAAUAUAUUUCUUCGACGAUACUAUACCGAGUUCGAUAUGGGGCAUCACAGAAUGGGAUUUGCCCCUGCAAAAUAAUUAUCGAUUGACUUUUCAACAUUACUUCUAAAUGUUAGAAGAUUUAA